AUGGCUUCGUGCCGCUCUCUACUUGAGCUUGCAAAUUCCAUUUCCAAAGAUGCUGCGAUCCUGGACGACUACUGCGAGAAGAAUGGCUUGCCUGACCCUUCUCUAGACGUCAAUGGAGGGUCGUUGAAUCAGAUCAGUGAUCCUGAUACCGUCAAAGCUCAGGAGAGGCUGGUAUGCAGUAGCAACUUUGGCACUCAUCUUGUCUAUGGUAUGUUGACUUCCAAUAUAGAUCACGGCUACGCGUGAACUCCAUGUCCUUGGCAUGGGCUCCUUCGCUAGCCUCCGUGCUAUGCAGAGUGUACGUUUCCCACGAAGUCUACAUUCUACUGUCAAAAUAUAACGUAUAUCUCAGCAACCGGACAUCGACAUGAUGACCUUUUCCUUCAUAACCCGCUACGAGAUCGCGAGAAAGGUUCCCAACGAGGGCGGCAUCUCAUUCGAAGAUCUUGCAAAGGACUGUGGAGUCCCAUCAGCUUUCGUCAAACGAAUCUUGCGCUAUGCGAUGACAUCCUACUUGUUCGCUGAACGGCGAGAAGGGCUUGUCUCACAUACAGCAAUGUCGUUACUAUUGAAAGAACAUCCUUUCCUGCACAGCAUCUCCGAGAUUGGAACGCAGGAAAGAUUUCCAGCCUCAGCAAAGGUCGUUGAGGCCAUGGCAAAGUAUCCCGAAUGUGACGAGCCAAGUAAGUCAGGCUGGGGCCUCGCAAAUGAGGCAACACGGCCAAUGUUCGAGGAAAUGUCCAUCAACUAUCCAGAUCGAGCCACUCGUUUUGGCAAAGCGAUGGACGCUUUCGCAGCAAUGGCCAAGACCGAUAUACUAAUUCAAACCUACGACUGGGCCAGUCUAGGCAAUGCCAGGUUCGUCGAUGUGGGCGGCGGCAAAGGACACGUCUGCAUCGAACUCGCAAGAAGAUGUCGCAACAUGACCUUCAUUGUGCAAGAUCUGCCCGAAGCCAUGGAAUCGGGACAGAAGCAGCUGCCAGAAGAUGUCAAGGACAGAGUCCAGUUCAUGGAGGCAAACUUCUUCAACCCACAGCCAGUCCAUGGAGCUGACGUGUACUUCCUCCGAGCUGUAUUCCACAACUGGCCAGACAAGUAUUGCAUCCAAAUUCUGCAGAAUCUUAUUCCAGCCAUGAAGAAAGGCGCUCGGGUUAUUGUGCAUGAUCCGUACCUGCUUAAUUCAAAAGAGCUUUCGAGUUGGCACAAUCGAUCUGGCCUCUAUGUCUGCCGUCUCUUAGCUAGCGUACGAAUGCUAAUUCCAUGACAGGGCGCACACGUUACACAUGAUGGUGUAUUUCAACGCUCACGAUCGAGACGAGGCGGAGUGGGAAGCACUGUUCGCCCAAGCCGACCCAAGAUUCAAGGUUGUGUCUUUGAAGAAGCCUGACGACAUCGGCUAUACAGUUUCUCGACUUUGUGUUCUGGAAGCUGUAUGGGAGGACUGA